AAGUCCAAAUGCCCAGGUUCUUGUUCAAAGUUCGAGUUCUAAGGAGGUUAAACACUAGGAUUCAACAAUCGAAAGUUCAAGAUAGGACCCGAAUCAUAUUGAUUCCCUAGGUUCUGAUGUGCUCAUGGAUUGCAGAAUUUUGAACUUCCAUUCACAAUGACUUGAAUGGAGUUUUGGUCUGGUUGUCCUCUGUAACCCUUGUGAGGGCGCAUAUGGUACUAGCUGAGACAUAACGCAGUUGGGUGAAAAUGAGAUCUGUAGAGGAUAAGGGGUGCUAUAACCAUGCAGGCCCAACGCAGGAGAUUUCAACAAGUUGUGCCAAAAGUUUUGAUUUUCACAAAGGGAAUGUAGCUAUGCGCAAUCAUAGGACUACCCUGGGCAAACCAACACCAUCAAAAUGGGACGAUGCGCAAAAAUGGUUGGUGGGGUUGUCAAGAGUGGGAGAGAAAAACCAAUCAUCGAAAGCCAAGCCACGAAAUUCUAAUGUCGAUGACUUGAGACUAAUAGCUCCCGUUCCACAAAAGGAGCAUGAUUAUUCAAGUGGUGAGGAUGAAGGUGAAGAAAAAAAAGAUGGAUAUGUUGUUUCCGGAAUGACGGCUCAACUUGAAGUUGAAACAAAGAAGGUACAUGAGUCAGCUUGGCGUAUCAAUAAGCCUUUAGAGUAUUCAACCCCAGUUGUGCGAUCGAUCUGUGUGAGGGAUAUGGGGACCGAGAUGACCCCAGUUGCAAGCCAAAAGCCUUCAAGAAUUGCCACCCCCAUCAGAGCUACAACUUUUGCAGCAAGGAGUCCAAUAGCUUCGGGAUCCUCCACCCCAAUUAGGUGUCAAAAUGGAAAGCAGGUUGCUGAGGGCUAUCACACUGGUCUAACAUCCACUGAUAGAUGAGGAGAAGCCAUUACUAUUAGCAGGGGAAAUGACACAAGCAGAGAGUUUGGGGGAGACUCAAAUGCUUGCAACAUACCUGAGAACAAGAAUUCAGAUCUAGCUAGAACGCUGAAUUCUCUAGAAAGCAGAGUAGUGGCUUGGGAUGAAGCAGAACGUGCCAAAUACAUGGCAAGGUUACCAAAUAAUUCUAUUUUCUUAUGCUAGUGUAGUCAUUCAUGCAAUAUAUUAAGUAUGUUCUACUCUAUCUCAAGGUUGAAGAGGUAAGUUUAUUCACACUUAAUAAACUGUCAUAGGCCACCAGAGGCCUAAGAAAGUUCAUUUGUCAAGUAUGAUUUGUUUGUCUGUUGGGAAUUCGUAGGUAUAAGCAUGAAGAGGUGAAGAUACAAGAAUGUGAAAAUCAUGAGAAGAAGAAAGUUGAGAUAGAAAUGAGGAAAAUGGAGGUACUCCUUUAUAGAUUCAUAAUUUCAUACUCAAGAACAUAUAAUUGCCUCAUCUUAGAUGUCUUGCAGCAAUAUGCUACCUAUUUUUCUCGUGGAAUCUAACCAAACAAAUUUCAUAAGAGAUGUUGUUGAACCCCCUUCCACUGUCAUGCCUGCCACACAAACUCUUUUGUUUCAUUGUUAAUAACACUGAUAAGCAUCACCAAUAUGCAAGGUAGUAUUGUAUUUUUUUCACUAAAAAAUAGUCUUUUGAGGUGCUCUCUCCAAGGAGAUAGAAUUCAUUAAUUGACAAUGCAUAUUUCAUAAUACGCAACUGCUUCAAACUUGCGGAACAAAGAUUCAGAGUCUAAUCUAAAAGUUUGUAACCAUCCUUUCUAAUUUUUCUUUCAGUGUACUAGCAUUAGCAAGAUCUCUUUCAUAAUAAGUAGGAAAAUGGUAUUGAUCUGAUCUAACAACAUGCAAGUCCCAUUUAAAUCUGUUCUUGAUCAUAAGAAAAAGAACUGGAAUAGUAUACAUCUUCAUUCACCAGCUCCGUUGGCCAAGCCAUGUAACAACAAAAAUUUCAAGCAUGGUGGAAAGACGAGGAAAGCACGUCGAAAACUUAAAAUUAUACAACUUGGCAAGAUGGAAGGCAGUUUGGUAUGUUGGUUACAAAUGUUGCUCUCAUAUUAUACUUGACGAGGAUUGCUGCAGUAAUUUGAAAGAAUUUUGUGAAUUACUAUUAAUUUUGCUGCAACAUGUAUGAUAUCAGCUCUCUUAUUCCUAAUGUUCUGUAACUAGGUGAAAGCUAGGGCACAAGAGAGGUUGGCGAACAAACUUUCAGCGACUAGAAGAAUAGUUGAAGAAAAGCGUGCAAGUGCGGAGGCCAAACUGAAUGAGAAAGUUGCGCGGACUUUUGUGAGAGCAGACUAUAUAAGGACUGGUCACUUGCCCUCCACUUUCUCCUUCAAGUUGCCUUCCCUUUGCUGGUAGCAACUCUGCAGGAAAUCACAUAUAACCUUUGCCAAUAACUUUAAUAACAUGUUAAUAUGUGGAUUCAUUAUGGAGCUUUUACAUAUGUACUGUUGCAAAAUGCAUUCAUAAAGUUACUUCAAUAAAUUCUGGACACCCAUAU